AUGUUUUCCGCGACAACUUCCGUCAAAUUAGCGAAACCUGGCCACCAUUCACCGCUGCCUGAUGCCGAGAAGAGUAUUUUAAUGCUGACGGUGGUUCUGGUUGUAGUCGAUCGAUAUGGGAAGGAACAUUUGGCUCGAGCUUUGCUGGACUGUGGUUCGCAGCCAAACAUAAUUUCCGAAAGAAUGGUACAAAUCCUUCGGUUAAAGCGAAAAAGGGCGAAUGUGCUUAUUCAGGGAAUAGGUAACCAGCCACAACAUGUAACUCAAUCCGUUUCCACGCAAGUCCGAUCUGGCAAGGAAGAUUUCGCUUUGGAUGUGAACUUCUUGAUUUUGGAAAAGGUAACGUCAAACUUACCAGCCUGUGACGUGCUUAUUGAUGACUGGUGUCUUCCCGAGAAAUUAUUUUUGGCUGAUCCAAAUUUCAACAAACGAGCCGGUAUUGAUAUGAUUAUCGGAAACGAACACUUUUUCUCAUGUUUUAAAACAGCUGCAAGAAUUGAGCUAUCCAAUUCCCUGCCGACGUUAGUGGACAGCGUCUUCGGAUGGUUAGUUUCAGGAACAGCGACUAUAUUUCAACCCUCACAUGAAGUUUUGCAUCACUCCGUUACCGCUGUUUCGCUUGCUACCCUCGAGGAAAGUUUAGAACGGUUUUGGGAAACAGAAAAGCUGCCAAACCAAUCCAAUUAUUCCAUAGAUGAGCAAAACUGUGAGCAGUUAUAUGCAGCGAAUGUUGCCAGAGAUUCUGAGGGAAGAUACGUGGUGCGAUUUCCCCGCCACCCCAACUUCGAAGAAAUGCUUGGGGAGUCUAAAGCAGCUGCACAGAGACGUUUUGAAUCACUAGAGCGAAGGUUGUACCACGAUGACCAGCUGCAAAAAGAAUAUAGUAAAUUCCUUCAUGAGUACAUAGCCCUUGGACAUAUGCGCCUGGUUCCACCCCACGACAAAUUUGUUUCCAACCAAUGUUUCCUCCCACAUCACCCGGUUGUCAAAGAGGCAAGCACGACAACCAAGCUUCGCGUCGUUUUUGACGGAUCAGCCAAGACGUCAUCAGGUCACUCUCUUAAUGACGCACUGCUGGUAGGACCAGUAGUACAAGACGAUUUACUUUCAAUCAUUCUAAGAUUUCGUACAUAUCCUGUAGCAUUGGUCGCGGACAUCGAAAAAAUGUACCGUCAAGUAAAACUAAAUACCGAUGAUACACCCUUCCAACGCAUAUUAUGGCGCUUCUGUCGGCAAGAACCAAUACAAACUUACGAACUUCUAACAGUUACCUACGGCCUCGCUUCCUCAUCGUUUCUUGCAACUAGAACCCUCCAACAGCUUGCCGAAGACGAAGGAAGGUCGUACCCCUUGGGAAGCCCAGCUCUGCGGAAAGGCUUUUACGUUGAUGAUUUCAUCGCCGGAGCUCAAUCAGUGGAAGAAGCAACACAACUACUAUCUGAGUUGAAUGAACUGUUAUCCAAAGGCGGAUUUUCUCUGCGAAAAUGGACAUCGAACAAGCUCCAGGUUCUACAGGGCCUUUCGGCGGAUGAAAUUGGAACUCACUCAUCUUUGAAGUUCGACAAGUUCGACAAGAUGCCGAGAGCUUUGACAACUGUCAAAGCUCUCGGCAUCUCAUGGGAACCUCAAAGAGACAUAUUGAGAUUCGAUACUAACAUCAGCCAGAAAGGAAAGUUGACAAAGCGAGCAAUACUUUCCGAAAUUUCACAACUUUUCGACCCUUUGGGUCUGAUUGCUCCAGUUAUAAUACGCGGAAAAAUUCUAAUGCAACACCUGUGGUUGGAGUCCUGUGGAUGGGAUGAUGAAGUUCCCGAGAACAUAGCAACGAAAUGGAAACGAUACUCCUAG